AUGGUCUUGCUACCACUUGUUGCGCUUCUAGCGCCCUCUUCCAUUCUCUUGUUCCCUCACCUCGCUGAGGCCCAAUUCUACCAGGACUAUAUGCCCGAUACUACCCUGCCCGACAGCUAUCUAUACCAGCAUGUCCCGCAGGUCGCUCCAAUGCGCGUUAUUAACGUCCACCCUCACACCGUUUACCUGUCUUACAACUGUCAUUACAUGAGAGACAUCUGCAAGAAUGCCGAGCUAUUCCAGGCGUCCGCGCGAGGCCUUAACCUGCACCCCGCAAGCGGAAUCGACAACAAUGUCUAUGGCUAUGAUCUGGACACGGGCGAUGCUCCCACGGGAGAGCCAAGGUCUUGCCAAGAGUAUCGUCGUGACGCAUCUUGUCCUCCAGGCUGGAAGGAUACCCAUACUUGCCCGGAAGUAGACCAGCGCAAGCCCAUGAAAAGCAAUGGCGAGUGGUUCACAACAUCUCUGGAGCCGGGAACGACUGUCAACAAUUUGCAGCACCUGCGUGAUGGUAACAACAAUAUCAUCAGAAACUCCAGCAUCCGGUACUCGUGCGAUGAGUUCCCGCCAGCUACCUGGGUUGAAGGUGGGAAUGGUUGGGAUAGAAAUACCCCUUCCAACACGCGAUGUGCUGCAAUCGCCUGUGAAGGCGCCACAGGGGUCAAGGCCGAACAGAAUUGGCAAGGAUUAGCUCACGGCAGAUUGCGUAUUGAACUUCAAAACUUGGCCAGGACCCAUCCCGGCUACAAUCCAGCCAGGUCCAUCAUCUUCUUCAGGUUUCUUUUCAAUAAUGACGGGGCGGAUGAUGUUGCUGCCCGUGUCAUAGUUAUGAAGGAUAUUGGCACUUCCGAUGAAUUGAUUUCCGACAAUGUCAUCCCCCAACAAAAACGCAGUGUAGCCGCCGUCAAUUCUACCCUGACGAGCCUGACCGGUCCGGGCCUGACUGCCGAGGAGCUCAAGGCUCAUCUUAGGGCAGGCAGGGGUUACGAAACGCUGAUCCACGAAAACCUGACUGUUUCCGAACCAGACCUGGCUCGUCGAGACAGGAUCAUGAGCGACGUGCUUAGUAGGCGCGGCAUGCCCGGCAUGGACCAGCUGGAUGGCUUCGUUCUGAGCGACAAUGCGACGCUUCCCAGGAGUGUGUCAGAGGCGCCAAAGCUGAAGGGCCGAGGCGUAGGACCCCGCAAGCGCGCGCCGCUCAUGAGAAACACCACCUCCUGGCAGCUGGAGGAGGCCCGGCGCAUCGUGGACCAGGCUCGCGCCGAGUCGAACAAGCGCAACAUGGCCCGAGUAGCGAGGCCGCUCCGCAACCGACACUUCUACAGACGGAGCACUGGCUCAGGGGGGGGCAUAGUCGCGCGUGAGGCCAACGUGGAAGCCGGAUCUGCCGAGACCAUGCCGCCGCCGCCGCUUCUGGUCAUUACUGAUGAAAUUGCUGCAGCGGCCGCCCUGGUGGCCGAGGCAGACCUUCACGCCAAAACUGGUAACUGGACGAAGCGUGCUGUGGCGCCGGCGGCGGGCAAGGGAACCUUUUGGAUGCAACAUAUCGCCCGCAAAGGCACUGUGCCUUGGGGAGACGAUCCCAACUAUAUCGUCUUCCGAAACGUCAUGGACUACGGAGCCGUAGGCGACGGUGUCACGGAUGACACCAAAGCCAUCAACAAGGCCAUGGGAACGAACAGCACCCGCUGUGACCGGGGCUGCAACGGGUCCACGACCAAAAACGCCAUCAUCUACUUCCCCCCCGGAAACUACCUCGUCUCCUCCACACUUGCCAUGCCCUUUGGCACUCAGGUCAUUGGCGACGCCAACGAUCGCCCGACCCUCGUGGCCUCUCCCAAGUUUGUCGGCCUGGGCGUGCUGUCGACGGAUGAGUAUACGGGCGCGGAAGGUGUUGGAAUCGACGGCAAGGACCCCCAGUACUUUGUCAACACGGCCAACUUUUACCGCCAGAUCCGCAACAUCAGAAUAGACGUCAGACAGGUCCAGGAGGGAGCCAUCAUCACAGGCAUCCAUUACCAAGUCGCCCAAGCCACGAGCACGCAAAACGUCGAGCUGAUUGCCCAGUCAGGCACGGAGCAGAUUGGUAUGUUUGCCGAGAACGGCAGCGGUGGCAGCCUUACCGACGUAACCUUUACCGGCGGCGGCGUCGGCCUGAAGGCGGGCAGCCAGCAGUUUACAGCUCAACGACUCACAUUUAGCGGCUGCGAUGUUGGCAUUCAAGUCAUUUGGGACUGGGGCUGGGUGUGGAAGUCGAUUACCAUGAACAACGUGGGCAUUGGCUUUAAGCUUGUCGGCGAUGGCGGUGUUGGAAAUAUUGGCUCCGUCUCCAUUAUCGACUCGUCCAUUACUGGCGCCAACCAGGCCAUCGUCGUUAACCCCAUCAAGUCAGACCCUGGCAUGGGCAGCACAGGAAUAUCCCUCGAGAACGUGGCCCUAUCGGGAGUCGGCGUGGCUGUUGCCGACACGACUGGCGCAACGCUUCUGGCUUCGUCAGGCCACAUCGACCAGUGGGUUGUCGGUCCCGUCUACGAGGGCUCGACGACUGCUCGGAGCUUUUCUUCCGGCGGCAAGAUUGGACAAUAUCGGAGGCACUCGACGCUCCUGGACGAGCGUGGCAAUUACUUUGAGCGUGCGAGACCACAGUACGCGAACCAGCCUGCGUCAAUGUUCAUGCACACCAAGGACCUCGGCUGCAAGGGUGACGGCGCCACCGACGAUACGGCGGCUUUGCAGGCAGCUCUGUAUGCCAGCGUGGGUAGUAUUCUAUUCGUUGACGCCGGAACGUACAUUCUCACCUCGACCGUCAUCAUUCCGUCAGGUGCCAAGAUUGUGGGAGAGACGUGGUCGCAGUUGGCCGCGUCGGGCCCGUUCUUUUCGGAUGCCAGCAACCCGAAAGUCAUGAUUCAAGUCGGAGAGCAAGGACAGACGGGUACUGUAGAAAUGCAGGACCUCAUUUUCACAACCCGUGGCCCGACCGCCGGUGCCAUCCUCGUCGAAUGGAACAUCAAAGCCCAGUUUCCGGGUGCCGCCGGCCUCUGGGACUGCCACGUACGAGUGGGAGGCGCCCUUGGGACAGAGCUGACACCCGCCGAGUGUCCUCCCGCCACGAGCGGCAUCAACCCGGGAUGCUCUGCUGCCAGUCUGAUGAUGCACCUGAGGAAGUCGGCAUCAGGCUACUUUGAGAACAUGUGGCUCUGGGUAGCCGACCACAUGAUUGACGACCCCGACUAUGUCGAUGCCAAAAACGAAAUGACCCAGACAUCCAUCUAUGUUGCUCGUGGCCUUUUGGUGGAAAGCACAGAUCCGACAUGGCUGUAUGGCACCGCCUCGGAACACGCCGUCUUUUACCAGUACAACUUUCACUCGGCGGCCAACGUAUUCGUCGGUAUGCUGCAGACGGAAUCGCCUUACUUUCAGCCGACGCCGCCGCCACCGGCUCCCUUUACCGAAGUUGUCGGCAAGUUCGCCGGGGACCCCGACUACUCGUGCGCGAAAGGAGACGAGUUCAACGGCUGCGACGAAUCCUGGUCCAUCGUCAUGACGGGCUCGAGAAACAUAUUCAUGGCGGCUGCGGGCAUCUACUCGUGGUUCUCGACAUAUGGUCAGAGCUGUAUCGAUACGCAACAGUGCCAAAAAGCACUCGUGCUCCUCAAGAGCAACCUUGAAAACGUUCGCAUCACCAACCUCAUCACAAUCGGGUCCAAGUACAUGGCCGUCAUGGAGGGCAAGGGCAUUCUGGCGGCCGACAACCUCAACGUCAACACGCAUCCAAGCUGGUCGCAGAUUAGCGUUCUCGAUGUCGGCAGCGACGGCACCAACUUUCGCGAGUACAUCUGGCUCGACCCCAAGAUCUGGGACAUGGACGAGCCCCAAUUCACCUGCUCCCCGCCGUGCAACGUCAAGAUACCGCCAUGGACCGGCGCAACCAGCACGGUUGACCAUCCCCUCGUCACCGUCAGCCAGGGAUCGUGGACGAGCACGGUCACGCAGCCACCGCUGACCAUUUCCGAGUGGAUGUUCGAGGCCGCCACCGUGACCCAGGGCCCGGCCGGCAACAGGAAGCGCGCAGCGGCGACUGUGCAGCCCGUUCUCGCAACGACGCCGUACUGGCCUGCUUUCGUCUACCGCGGUGCCGACGGCUUGGCGACGACGACGUCGGCCACCGGGCCCUUCCCCACGCCUCCGCCGUCCAUCGGCCCGGGCGCUCCGGCGCCGCCGUCCGGAAGCUGGCCCAAACGCGACCUUCAGGUUGUCUUGGGCCCCAACGAGUCCCCGCUGGUGCCUGAGUGCUCCUUUCUCAGCUUCGAGGACCCCAGUUGCGUCCAACAGCCGUGGUUCUGGGGCAACGUCACCGGUGCCAGCGACGACGGCGGCGGCGGCGGCGGCGGCGACAUUGACAACCUAUGGGACAAGACUCGGUGCCCGAUCCCUACCUCGACCACCACCACAGCGGUCGCGGAGCCAACGGAGCCACCACCACCUAUGACGUCGCCGUACGAACAAGGCGACGGGCGGACCAACUCGGUCAAGUGCUACCAUGUGGGCGAAAACACCGAGGGCGAACGCAUGCGGUACGCGGCCAAGAGCUUCUGCCAAAGAAUCAGUGACAAGACGCUCGGCCCCAACUUCUUUUACGAGGAUAGGUUCAAAUUCCCGUACAAUGGCGGCAUCGGCCGCGUGGAAAUUGUCAUCUCGCUCGAGGUGAAGCCGCGUUGCAGCUUUGGCACCUUUUACGAAAUAAGCGCCGAGCACCCUCGCGGCCACGACGUUGCCCGUUUCGACCAGGGCUUGUGCGAAAAGUACCUCUCUGUGCCGACAGAUAGCUGCAACUGUGCCGGUGUCAAUUGGAAGCAGGGAGGUGUGGUGGAGAAUAACUGCUAUAAAUGGAGGAUUGACCCGGAGCUUGCCUUGUAG